CAGGGGUUUCCUGAAAUAUGUUAGCGAAAAGUAAGGUUAACUUGGCCGCAUGGUCGCAAAGUCAUUGUAAUCAUAAAAAAUCAGGCCAUAUGGCCUUAGUAGCCGGUCCUUCACUAAAUUUGUGCAAAUCGGUUGAGAUUUCAGUUUUUUAGUUUCAAAAUGCCAUUGGCAUAUCAGUGUGAAGUGGUCGAUUGCCAUGUGAAUCGUAAGUGGGCCAGUGAGCAUAAUAGAAAAAUUAGAUUUCACAAAUUUCCCGAGAACAAAUAUCUGAAUACGAAGUGGGCAGCUUUUGCGAACGAGACUGCCAGCUGGAAACCUUCGAAAAGAUCUGCAAUAUGCUCGAUGCACUUUAGAGAGCAAGAUUACAUAGGGACCUCUGAUGCAAAUAAAGGACCCUGUGGAAGGCUGCGUGCCUGUGCGAUACCAUCGAUCAAGCACAAUAUUUCAGUAACACAACAAGAAGCAGCCUGCCGUCCAAAUAUAUAUAAAAAAAAAAAAAAACAAGAAGCAGCCCACCAAGAAACCUUUUCCGAUGCAUGCCAUCAAGAAGCGAUGAAUCCAAUGCUUUUGAAGUACCGUGAUCAAUUCUGCAGAACGUGUUUAAAGUACUGCAAAGACAAUUCUGCAAUGACGGAUUCGAUCAACUCUAAAAUAAAUAACUUCACUGUUCUCGAUAUGCUUGUACAUCUCACGGCGUUCGAAACAGAUGAUAAUAAUGCGUUCCCAAGCGUCAUUUGUUUGGAAUGUAAAACAAAACUAGUAGAGGCGUUUAACAUACGCCAGGCGUUCAUCGUCAAAAUAGAAUUUUUGGUCCAAAUGGUUGCCGAAGAAAAACUUGUGGACUACUAUAAUACUGCCAUAACCAAGGCUCAAACAUUUAAUAAGCCCAAACCACCAAAGCAAUACAUUUUUACUGACAUAAAUCAAGCACAUAAAAAUCUUUCAAUCGAACCUCCAGUUGCGAUCCAAGGUCCGACCUCACAAAGCAACCCCGGAACAUUGGACGAGAAAAAUGUGGAAACAAUCAAACAGUACAUCGCACAGCAAGAUAAAUCCGAUCUCAACGAUCAUUCAUGUUACACCAAGAUUGCCGAAAACGUAGAUCCUGAUAAAAACGAUGAGGUCGAUCAGCAAAUUGGUCCCGAUGAAAGUAAAGCGGAAACGGAGGAUAUUUGUACACGCAGCAACACACCAGAAAGUCGGUCGAAUGAAAAUCAAGACCAAAUAGACGUUUGGGAUGAAUUUAUGGACGACUGUGAAAAGGAAAAAUCUAUGAAACGAAAAUCAAAGCAAGGAAAACGGAUCAAAAAACUAGUACCACAGUUGGAAGAAGAGGCUCUCCGAUUAUUUCCACUUACCACAUGUUACGUAUGCGACAAACAACACGAUUCAAAAAUGGAAUGCCAUUUUCACAUGCGGAAACAUAGACCGAUGCUCCCAUACCAAUGUAAUUAUUGUAUGGUGGAAAACAACCAAAGCGAUGCAACAGCGACUGGCGAAAAAUUUCGCCCAUUGGUAUUCAGAACAACGAAUCUGUUAAACCUACAUUUCAGGAUGCAUCGAUUGCCGCACAAAUGCGACAAAUGUUAUCGACAGUUUGAAACGAAAUCAAGGAUGAAACGUCACCAGAACAACACUCAUAAUUAUAAAAAUGGGUUCACUUGCGAAUAUUGCGGAAAGCAAUAUUUCGAUAAAAUCUUCUUCAGGAAACAUGUGCGCUCUCAUCGAUACCGUUUAGAUGGUAAAUUCAAAUGUUCGGUCUGUGAUUAUUCGUUUGGUGCGAAAAGUGCCCUCCAACAGCAUGAAGCAUCUCACAACGGCGAGAAAAAGUAUAAGUGUAUGUAUUGCGAUAAAUCGUUCUGCACGUCGUAUUUUCGGCGCAAUCACCAUAGAAUUCACAUCGGAGAACAACCGUAUAAGUGCCCAAAGUGUGGUAAAGGGUAUGCCAAAAAAUCGUCACUUUUAAAGCAUAAAUGUACACAUGGCGUUGUGGCUUCAGACUUACUGUUGAAAGUGAAGCCUUCAAACUUACCGUUACCGCCCGAACUUCCGAACAAAGAUGCACGUUGUCCAUACCCGGAUUGUGACUAUACGGCUACCACACGCGAUGCAAUGUAUAAUCAUAAACGCAGGAAGCAUAGCAUUUUGUUCCAAUGCGAUGUGUGCAACAAGUCGUAUCGUUCCUCGAAUGAAUUGGAAACGCACUUGAGGGUGCACACGGGCGAAAAACCAUAUCGAUGCAAUUUAUGCGGCAGAAGCUUUCAUUCCCAACAAGUUUAUUCGAAGCAUUUGAAAACGCAUACAACUGAAAAAACCUUUAUUUGCGAGAUCCCCGGAUGCCACAAGAAGUUCAAAUUUACGGAAUAUCUGCGGUCGCAUCUACUGACCCAUUCAUCGGAGCGGAAGUUUUCGUGCGAAAUCUGUGCAAUAAGCUACAAAAGGAAAAAAGAACUAGAUAGACACACUAAACGCAAGCACGCAGGAGACGAAAAUAAUGUUAGUAUAAAUGAAGAUGACCUAAUCAUGAAAGUAGAAUUUUGCGAGGAAGCUCCUACAUCAGACAGAUAGAUAUCUAUUAUAUAUAAGUUAUGAAUUUGUUCUUGGAGAAUUUAUAAAAAAUAUAUUUUUAUGUUAUAACCGCUAAGCUCAGAGGUUAGUAACGAACUGAA